UCUUCGAUGUUCGAGCAGUUCUAAAAUCAAUCACAGUCCUCUGCUCUAAAAUAUUACACUUUCAGUUAUACAUGUACCUAAAUACAGCUAAGCUUACGCAUAUCGCACACAAUUGAUUACUUAUUAUUUUGCUAAAUACAUUAGUUUCGCAUAUAUUAUUUGUGGAAAAUUAUGUCUAAAACCAAGCUUGAUAUUACAGUAAACUAUUUAACCCUAUGUGUCCUCAUUAGUUGCAUCAACCUGAUACAUGUCAAUGGGGGUAAAGCUAAUAAAUCAAAAGGUAAUCGGGAUGGAAGUGCAGAUUCGGCGACAAUUUCAGACAAUGAUGAGGAAAUCUUGUCACAAAAUUACCAAGGAGUAGUAUUCAUUUAUCCACAAGGGAUAAGAAGUGAACGAGACAUCCCUGUAUGUACAAAGUGGAUCUCAAAGCAGCCUUCAGGAGAUCAUCAUGAGACGGACACCACAGAAGAAAUGCAGGGAGAUAUGGGCGUUGAAGUUGGAGUCUCUGGAGAUUUUGGAUUUUCCAACAAAACAAUUACAAAUCAAGACAUUCUGGUGACGAGACGGGAUUCGACGGAUGACCAAGACCAAGGGGUUCGAUGGGAGUCAGCCUGCAAUCUUAUUCACAAGCGGUACUUUUACCCACCAGUUGUAGAAAGACUUUGCAGGUGCCCUGAAAGGACAGAAUGUCCAUGGGAGUGGAGCCACCCUCCAAGUUAUCCUAACGCACCACAAAAUGUUAAUUCGACAACACAACAACAUCGAGGACCCAGGGAUCCGUUUACCAUUAUGUUAAGCAGCAGAUCUCAGGCAAAGUUCUGCACUGAAGUAACAUCAGCACUUCCAAAGUGUCAUCAUCAGAAAAUAUCACGCCCUAACAUGUCACAAAGUCCGUCCAAAAUACCAAAUUUGGUUAAAACACUGAGAAAAGUUGGUGGUGUGGACGAAGCGCCGAGGGUCACCUUAAACUGCUUUUGUCCGCCUUUGUACCGUCAAUGGAAUUAUAUCGGACAAACUGAACCCACUGGAUUUGGCAACGGCACGACGGAGACUAAUUAUUACUACAAGUGUGACAGACUCCCAAGAUGUCGCACAAAUAACAGGUGUGGAAAUAUAAGGACCGAUCUCCACUUCAGCUUCUAUCACUGCACAUGUCCUCGCAACCAUUUGUGCUUGCCCAAGGUAUACCCACCCGAGACCAAGAACGACGUUGAGGAAGAUAUCAACGAAGUUUUAUUUAGGGGACAAAUCUCACCCGCAUUUUGUAUGCCAUUUACGCCAUAAACUAUAAUAAAUACAAUAAUAUUUUUAAAAUCUACCCCAUA